AUGGCAGAAAUCCAUACUGUAUCGACAGGAAUUAUGGAGCAGUUUUCAGUAUAUGGGACAGGUGCAGUUGAUAUGCUGGAGUAUUCCGGGCGUACUCGUAAUACAUGUUGCCUGAAAAAAGGCAGGAGUAUUGCCAUUUUCAGACUUUUCGGCACCUAUGAACCAGAACGGAAGGACGAAGAGAUCGCUUACGGAUUGGUCAAACCCGUGGCGUCGUUCAACCAGCUUCUGGUGAAAGCCGCUCUAUGGCCGCCAGCCUACUUUCCCGGAACGCGAACAAAGCCCUUCUUCCUGUGGUUAUCGAUGGAGGAUCACACUGAGGGAACCUAG